CUAGCGCUGCAUGUGAGUCUAUGCAUCUUUAAGGUAUUUGAGGUGCACACCAGUUAGUCAAGACAAGACAAAACAUGAUCAGACACGUUUAGUCACAAUACUUCACAUUUAUUUAUUUUUAUUCUUACGGCUUUUAUCGGAAGAGAGAUCCUUAAGGAUGUUCUGCCUUACCUUAUUACCCAAUGUCAUUUCCUAUCAACACUCGAAUUUAUAGGUUGUCUUGGGUUCUUCAUGUUUUCUCACUAAAUUUUGCACUUUCACUUCCUGAGUUUCUUCACAUUGUUGCUUAUGACGCAACUCAAACUGAUUAGUCAUUGCAAAUAGACAUGUCAUCUAUGUGAAGUAUUGUGACUAAAGGUGACUAGUCCUGGUUUUACUAACCGGUGUACGCCCAGUCAUACUAGACACUUUGUAUAGCUGCCUAAUACUAUACACUCAUCAAUUUCACUCUGAGACUAGGCUAUCCAGUAUUUAAAUGACGAAACUUACAAGCUUACAAUUUCUAAUUGUAUUAGUUUUACUCCUCCUGUAUCUUAAAGUUUAGUUGGAAAUGUUGUUGUUCAGUUGUUGUUUGUUUCUGUUCAGUUGUUUUAUAUAUUAGAAACAAUUUUCAAUUAUUAUUUAUAACUUCAAUUCCGUGACGGAAUUCUUUUAUUCUUCCUGUAACGUACAGUUUUGUUGGAAAUUUGUUGUUUGUUUCUAUUCAUUUGUUCUGUAUUUUGAAAAUUUAUAUAAUUUGUGGUCGUGUAUUAACCAAAGAGUAAUUAUUGUUACUCUAGAGUGUUGGCUUUUGAUCUGGUUUUGUUUUCUGUGCAUAACGAGAAAAUGAUUUGUUGGGAGUUGUUAACCAUUCAUGAUUUUCAAACGGGUUGUAUAGAUGUUUUCUAAACUUAACUCGGAGGUAAAAACUUUUUAAGCUUUGCGUAUUAGAUAUUAGAGGUAUCUAACCAGAAGUACUUAGGUUUUAUUGUGAGACGGCCUUGAAUCUGUGACUAAUAGCAUGCAUAUAUUAAGCAUUCUAUAUACAACUGACACAGGGUUUUAAUGAUGUAGUUUUAAAGUAGUUAGAUGUUUCGAGAAUUUAAUCAUUGUCUAUAAAAACUCAUGAUUUAAUUAUGUAGAACCAGAUUAAUAAAUUUCAUGAUUGUCCACACAUGUGAAGGUCUUACUCAAACCUUCUUAUGUCUAACUCUCCAAGCAAACAGACUCAUGGCCGGUUGCAGAGUCGUCACAUAAAGUUAAAAUCAGGCAUUUAACUUAUUUAUGAAGCCAUAAUCCCACUUUCCGUUGCACAGAUGUCAAAGUAAACUAUAGCUCCCAUAAAACUAAAAACGCUCAAUUAGACACAUGAUUUCGUUGCAGAGUCGUCGAAUAGACCUUAUUUAUGUCUCCAAUCGCUAAAAACGGUCAUUUAAGUUAUGGGCCCGAAGUCGUGCUGUUAAAUCCAAUAUCUACUCCCACCACAUGCAUUUUAGAGGUUGUGAUAGCUUUUUUUGAAAGAUGUUUACGAAAAACCAUCUGUACCGUAUAUAAGUAAAUUAUUUUUUUCCCUGUGUUUUUUCAAGUUGUUUAUAAGCUCCAAAUCGCUAUGGCACCAAAUAAAUAUGAAAUAAAAAAUCUCGCCAAAGGCCAAGAGUCGCCAUAUGGUUUAUCAAUUUUAUGUGAGGUCUUUUAGGUCUGUUCACAGUGAUGUCGAUUAAAACUUUGCCCGAUGCCAAGACAUUGGUUGAAUAGAAGCAUGUACGGAAAAAAGUGAAUAGAGCUGCAGUGUGACCUAUGUGUGAUGCUAAUUCGAGAUAUAGCUAAAUGGGCCGCAAACGACUGUGCAACGACCAACCAUUUAUGUGAGUGAUUUUAAACGAUGUCUCACAUAGCUAUGUUUGAUUUUAUGUAACGACUCUGCAACCGGGCAUCAAACUUAGGUUCUACUAUUUCAGGUUCUACUAGGUUCUAAACUUAGGUUCAUUAAUAUCUGCUUCUAGUUAUUAUGUUUGAUUAAUGUUCAUCCAACUGAAUGUAUUAAGUUAUCUGUUCUUGUUGAUUUUGUGAGAAUUUCAUUAGUUUUGCAAUACACGUUCAUUUGAUGGUAACUUGUUAUCAAUGCCUGUUAACAUUCUAGUUGGAUAUAUUGUAAACACUAUGUAAGCUUGACUGACUGUUUUAGAUGUUAUUAUUUUUGUAGUAUACACUUGUUUCAAUUUGAUACUAUUCAUUCUAUGAUGACGUAAUUUAUAUUAGUAUUUAUUGUAAACAUUGUCAGGUUUUACUGUGCCAUCCAGAACAGUAUAAAUAUUAAUAUUAUUAUUAUAGUUGCGGCUCAUGAUACACUUUGUUUAUAUUUUCAAUGUAAAAAUAGAUAAAUAAAUAUCACUCAUAUUUCAUGAAAUAUCUUGUCAAUGCCAUAUCACAUUCUAUUUUCACAUUAGUGAAUUGAAAUUCAUGGCAAUAUAUUUGCGAUGAUUAAACAUAAACAUUUGGCUGUAUUUGAAUCUAGAAUCUAGCAUUAAACUUAUAUCAAUAUAAUAUGGCCUCAUUAAGCUUAUUCAAUCGCUAAGAACUGAUGAAUGUAACUGUUGUCAACUGGAUCUAUAAUCAAUAAUAAUUGUUUUAACAUAUCUUGGCACGUAUAAUUCUGUUUUAAAACGUUAUUUAUAAAUGCUUCUAAAGUAUUCGAUUUUAAAUCAACAACUACAUGAAUGUUAUCUGUAUUAUAUCCUAAGAAUAUUGUAAAUUUUUAUUACUUUUUAUCAAUUGUCCACUUAUUUUCAAUAAUAAUUGUUAUGCAGUAUUGAUGUAUUGUUUUAUCAAUAUUAUAUCAAUUUUGAAAGAGAGAAUGUUCUCUCUACACUAAAUUUAUCAAAAUGAAUUAUAUUGAAGUAACUAGUAAUUUAUUAUCUAUAAUAUAAUGAAGGGUGGAAUCAGCUUAUACAUGUAGGGAUAGGUAAUUCACGAAUGACUCAUCAUCACGUCUGAACUACUGGACUGAUUAACUUGAAAUUUUGCAUAUAGAUUCAAAAUUUGCCGAGGAUGGUUAUAGGCCUACUUUUAAAUUCCUCAAUAUUUCAGUAGGUUAAGCUUUCAGUUUGUCAAGUUUUUAAUAAAUAAUACCCUGGCGGAGCACGGGUUACCUACUAGUUAUAAAUAUUUUGGAACUACCGUAAAUAUAAGAGAAGAUUUAGAGUAAGAAAAAUAAAACGUCUGGUUGGCAGAUACUUGAAAAAUCAUAGAUAAAACCAAAAGGCAUCUCUUGAAGAAAUAAUCAUACAAUAAUAAAAUGGAAUUUCAACAUUAUUAAAUUGUUUAAUGCAUAAAAAACUUGUUUGUUAUCAAUCUAAGUAUUCUAAUGUUAUAAUCGUUAUUUAUUGUACGAAAUCCGUCAGUUUGAAUCUCAAAUCUCAAUAAUGAAUAGUAUUAUUCGAAAUCUGAAAUUACCAUUAUUUAUUAAUGUGUAAUCUGAUUCUAGUCGUGUGGUGGUUUGUAACAUGUGAUUGUUCUUAGAUUAGAAUUGUGCUAUGUGUUAUUGAAGUGAGAGAGAGAAUUGUGCUGCUUUUCAAAAAACCUUUCUAAAUCUAUGAAUGAAAUUAUUUAUUUUAAAUGUUCAUUCUAGAUUAAUAGCAAUUUUUAAUUAUAUCUCUUGCAUCUCAAAUUUGGUUUUCGGCUUAUUGGUCUAAUAACAAGUAUUAACUUACAUAUCCUUAAACUUUCAGCUAUAUAAAAGUUUAAAAAAUUACAAUAGUACGCUAAUAUCGCUUUUUGAACUCUUACUCAAUUAAAAACUUGGGCAUUAAUUCGUAAUAACAUACUAGUUUAUUGCAAUGUAUUGGAUUUUCCAUACAUUAAAUAGUUACUUCUUGAUUGUUCUACAAUUUUAGCAGCUAAUUACUGUCUUUGUUGAUUGGUGUUUAAUGUUUAUUAGCUUUCUAUAUUUCUAGCUGUAAGAUGUAUUGUGUGUUUUUUCAUAAAGAUGAGUUAUUUUUAUGGCGUGUAGAGUUGCUUGUUCAGUCUCAUCUUUUGACUACAUGCUUGAACAUAUUAUGCAAACCUAUCAAUAUGUUGUCUGAAAAUCAAAAAAGUACCUUUUUUAAUACUUUAUUUUAUUACUCACGAAAUGUUUUGACAAAUUAAUGUAAUUUUCAAGUUUGUUAAAUGAUACGCUGCUAUCAGUACCAUAGUGAAUUAUGAUACAUAGGUACUGAUUACAAAUUACAGUUUGUUGACUUGAUACAAAUCAAGGAGCACAUUUAGAUUGGAGAAAUAAUCCCAUCCAUAAUAUCCUAACUCUUUUAGAGAAACUUUUCUAUAAUAAGGUACGCGUACCUUCCACUAGUCCAUUUAAUGAAAUCUUAAAAAAAUGUUCAUUGGAUAUAUUUUAUUCUAUUAAUACUUCCGAGAUAUCUCCAUGUACCGUAGUCAAUGGAUGAGCCUGGUUUUGAAAUUUGUAUUGUUGUUAAAGUUGCUAAUGUGUGCUUUGAAAUGUAAAUAUUAUUUUUUGAAUCGACUAUAAAUUGUGCCUUCUAAUAAUAUUUGUGUUUUGUUUCUGUCAAUAAAAAUGACAUGAAAGAUGAUCCCACCACGUUCUAUUGUUCUGUUUACGGUAUUUUAAUGUUAGUAAAAGUUGUUGUAAAGUUUGUUAUUAUACCUUUUUUCACUGGUGCUUUUAACCGAGCAGUGUUGAUUUCAAAUUUGAGUCGAAUAGAUGGAUGAACAAUAUUUUCAAUUAUAAUUUUCAUAUUGAAAAAUCGAUCAUUCAUUUUUUUCCUAUCCUAGAAAAAAGAAUUUUAUUAUGUAUUGUUUUCUCUUGAUGAAAGAGAACUACACAUCAUACCAAUGUACCUAAAAUACAUUCUAGGUGCCUUGCAUUAUACUAUACAGAGUAGUUGAUUACUAGAAAUGACGUUCAAAUAGAAAUGCAUUGAAAACAAUAUUUCAUAAUUUGAAUCGCAGGUAGUCAUUUGAAUUAAACUCUUCUAUACAGAGUUGGUGAAAAUUAUGAAAAAAGUUUCAUAUUCCUGAUACAAAGAUAAUUUGGCAGUAGUUUUCGUUGAGAUCCUAUUCAAAUUGAAAAAAUCACCAUGCAAAAGCCUAGAGCUCACACUCAGCAAAAAAGAUUGAUUCAAAUCGUUUUUAAUUUUCUCCUUCCAUUCAAAUUUUCGCGCCACUCGAUUCCACAGCUACUAGAAUAUCAGGGCCACCGCUGACUUUACGGAUAUAGAUGGUCAUAGAUUAAAAACAGCUGAUAAUUUACAAGAUUUGACAGGAUGGAUAAUCGCCAUUAUUAUUAAUUUUUGCCGAAGAAGUGGGUGAUAGAAAUGAAGAAUAAUUAUGUGAGUUUUGUAAUAUUUUGGUUGAAUUCCAGUAAUUAUUUAGUUCCUCAGUGAAUAUUGUAAUUGUGUAUUUUACUUGACGUUGGCAAAGUGAACAGUGAUGUGAGAAAUUAAUUUAUUUACAGUUUAAAACAAGUUUGGAUUUCUCGUAUCCCCUGCCUCGAAUAUUAUGAUUUUUUGUUAAUUUAAAAAUAAAAAUCAUAUUUUAUUCAGAAUCACUGAAUCAGUACUUCUUCAAUCAGUUCUAUCGUAUUAUUGGUAAACUUAUGUCAUUUUUCAUCAUGUCAAAGGCUUGACUACAAUGUAACUGAAUAUUUGAGUGUGUGAAAGAGAUAUACGAUACCAACACUAAUGGCCAAGGAGAGGAAAUCUACCAGUGAUUUACUAGAAAUGGAGACAUUCAACUCCAAGAAUGCCAGCUCGGAUUCGCUGGCUUCUGAUUCAAAAUCUAGCUCGCUGAAUUCAAAACUUGGUCAAGAUUCUGCUGACUCUUAUAAGGGCUCAUCGCCGAAAGCCUAUUCUUCUAGUUCAACUUCGACAGAAAGUCGCAUUGCUUCGGCUAUGGAAACCAAGUUAAGAAUCAGAUCGAGUGUGGGUGAAAUGAGCACCCCCUCAAGACCGGACGACCCGCCCCUACUGCCGGGUGAAAAGGUGCAGGGUGUGGCUCGUGACGUCACCUACCUGUGUCCCUACAGCGGGCCGUCACGUGGGGUCAUAUCGGUCACCAACUACAAGCUGCACUUUCGCAGCAUGGACAAGGAGACGCCCUACGUCAUCGAAGUGCCUCUCGGAGUUUUGAGCCGAGUUGAGAAAGUUGGGGGCCAAUCAAGUCGUGGUGAAAACUCCUAUGGAAUUGAGUUGUUCUGUAAAGAUAUGAGAAAUCUCAGGUUCGGACACAAGCAGGAGAAUCAUUCCAGACGAAAUGUUUUCGAAAAGCUACAGCAAUAUGCCUUUCCACUUUCCCACAAACUUCCACUUUUCGCUUUCGAAUAUACAGAAACGUUUCCUGAAAACGGUUGGACCGUUCAUGAAACUAUAGCUGAACUCAAGAGAAUGGGUGUUCCGAACGACAUGUGGAAAGUGACUAAGAUGAACGAGGGCUGGGAGGUGUGCGACAGCUACCCGGCAGUGUGGGCAGUGCCGGCGGCCGCAAGCGAUGACGACCUGCGGCAAGUGGCGGCGUUUCGCAGCCGUGGUCGCGUGCCCGUGCUUGCCUGGAUCCACCCGGACAGCCAGGCGACCCUCACGCGAUGCUCGCAGCCGCUGGUCGGAGUCGCCGGCAAGCGCAGUCGUGAGGACGAGCGAUACAUUCAGUUGAUUAUGGACGCUAAUGCGCAGUCGCAUAAGCUGUAUAUCAUGGAUGCUAGGCCUAGUGCGAACGCUAUCGCCAAUAAAGCAAAAGGAGGAGGCUAUGAGUCAGAAGAUGCCUACCAAAACGCCGAGUUGGUAUUUCUUGACAUUCAUAACAUACACGUCAUGAGAGAGUCGUUGAGAAAGCUCAAAGUGUACACAAUUCUGACAGCGUUGGCGAUGCUGCUUCUGGAUCCUUACUAUCGUACAAUCAAAGGAUUCGAGGUACUUAUCGAAAAAGAAUGGCUCAGCUUUGGACACAAAUUCCAGCAAAGGAUAGGUCACGGUGACGACAAGCACUCGGACGCAGACAGGUCGCCGGUGUUUGUUCAGUUUGUGGACUGUGUGUGGCAGGUAACCACAAUGUAUCCCAAUGCCUUCCAGUUCAACGAGCACUUCCUCAUCACCAUUCUCGACCAUCUCUACUCUUGUCGAUUUGGCACCUUCCUCUAUAACAGUGACCGCGAACGAGCCGCGGAGAAGGUGAAACAGCGCACAACGUCACUGUGGUCGAUGAUUAACAGCAGCCUGGACGUGUACCGGAACCCACUCUACCACGCGCAGCCGCAGGCACUGAUUCCGGUGGCCAGCAUACGCUGCAUCCGGCUGUGGCGCGGCCUCUACUGCCGCUGGAACCCCAGCAUGCGCGCGCAGGAUCCCGUCUAUCAGCGGGCAAGGGAGAUGCUCGCCUUGAAGGAGCAGCUGGAGCGGCAGGCGGAGGACGGCAAGCGGGAGCUGCGCAUGCGCACCUCGAGGACUAGUAUGCCGGCCGCACAGGCGCGGUUGGCUAGUCCCAUUCAUGGAUGAGUGGAUGGUGAUGAGUUGUAGGCGAGCGCUGCGCAUGCGUACAUCGCCUGUCACGUCCCAUUCAUGGAUAAGUGCUGAAGAAGGAAGGUGUAGAGCUGCGCAUGUGCACGUCGAGGACUAGUAUGCCGGCUACGUCCCAUUCAUGGAUGAGUGUAGGAGGUUGGAGGUGUUGAAUUGUAGCAAAGAUGUUGAAGAUUGUGUUGCAAUGGUGGUGUAAACUAGCAACUCUGCAAUGAUUCGAUUGAGAAUUAAUUUGAAUUUGUAAAAUUCAUUUUAAUUUGAAGCUUUAAAAUUUUGCUACUAUGGGGUUGUAAAUUGAAAUUUGAAGGUGUCGAGUUGUAGUUGAUUGACGAAGAUUUGAAGAUUCUGUUGCAAUGAUGGUGUAAAUUAUGAACUACUGAGACAAGCUCUAUAAUGAUUGGAGUUUAAUUAGAAGCUGCACUAAUUCUGCUACAAUGGGGCUGUAAAUUGAAGUAUGGAGGUGUUGAGUUGUAGCUGAUUGGCAAAUAUGUGAAGAUUCUGUGCCAAUGGACUAUUGAGACAAGCUCUGUAAUAAUUGAAUAGAGAAUACAUGUAAAGCUGUACUAAUUCUGUUACAAUUAUUGGCAAAUAAUAGAAAAUCAUAGCUGGUGAUAUUGAAAAUUCGGAUUUAGUUGUGUAUAUCGAAAUUCUGAAGUAACUGAGUGACGUUUCUUGAAUCAUAGUUGGAACAAAAUUUGUUAUAAAUUUUUUAAUAAAAAUGCCAUACCCCCAAGUUGAAUUCAUUUCGGUUGUUAGCAAAAAGUGCCGGUUGGUUGAACAGUUUCACCUUCGUGAAUAGAAUCUUGCCUCAAAAAAUCGCGAGUGAUUGAUAGUAUUGUUUUUAUUUUAGAUUAACUUUGUUAAGACCUCCGAAAAUCAAAGUUAAUGUAGCAUUAUUAAUUGCAAAUAGUAUCUUUUGGAUAUGAACAUUGCCUGGCUACUUUGAAAUUUAUUUUCAAAAAUACUUUUCUUGCAAAAGAAAAAUACUUACAAGUCGUAUGAACUACUAUCUACCUCCAUAAAUUGCAAGUGAUUUGCUUCGACGCAUUAUUUAAUACUAGUUUGCUUUGUGUACUGUAACUUAUAAUUUUCAUAACUUGAAAAGUUUAUUGCUUGAAAAAGCGUUGUGCAGUGAAAAUUAUUGACCUCAAUCUUGGACGAUGUAGGUGGUUCAAUGAUAUGUGUUCAAUACAGCCUUCGUGAUCAGAGAUGUAGUGUACAUUCCUUUGAAAUUUGUAAGAGACUCAAUUUCGACAUUUACCGCCACUUUUGUGAAAAUUGCUUGCCCCAGUUGCGGAUUAUGAAUUCCAUACUGGAUAUAAGUUUAUGGUAAUUAUAUUUAUAUAUUUGAUUAGUGUUCAUUAUAUUUGAUCAAUAAAUGGAUAUAUUUAUUUUUUAA